GAGGCCAUUCUAUGCAAAAGGUGGCCAACUGUGCGAUCCCACCGAUAAUGAACACUACAAUCAAUACACUCACAGCCUGUCCGACAAAUCAUGAUAUUCUUCACCAUAAUUUUAAUGAUAAAUGCAAUUCAGUAAACAAUGCAACGAAGCCUAAAAUCUGGUCAUUAGCUGAAACAGCGACUGAAGAUAAGCCAAAGAGUCCAUUAUCUCAUACGAGCCCUACUCUCGGCUCUAAUAUGAAUAUCGCGCCUUCACUGCACCUCUCGGCUAAUUUGCACCCCAACCCCAGCCCAUUGUCAGCUACUCCUGUGGUCUCUAAUAUGAGCGGUUGGUGUCAUCCGACACACGCCCAUCAAUCGCAUAACCCCUACACAACAGCAACAGUCAGCCCAUACGGCACUCACUAUAUGUCAUCAUUUGGACGACACUUUACACAUCAGUCAUCGGCUACUUCACUACCUCCUCAGGCAGACACACCACCCCAUACACCGCCAGCACUGAAAUUAGCGUCCAUGCAAUUACUUAGCUCGGAAAGUGGUGCACUGGCAGCGGCACUGGGAGCUCAUGAACAGGUGAACUGUGCUGUUGUUGAAUCACCAAAAUUAAUCACUUUUGGCAACAGAGGAGAACAAGUGGCACACAAUGGCAAUACUUCACCGCCAACUCAUUCAACUCAAAUUUAUGCCAACGACUUUAGGAUGAAUGCAAACAGAAAUUUAUCAGAAAGUGGUGACCACUUGUUUACCAAUUCAAUUGGUUCUGGAGUUCUUCAUCAAACACAAGACAACAAUAGUAAUAAUACAACUAAUCAUAAGUAGGACCACAUUAUC